AUUUGAUUGGUGUCAAAUGAUUAAUGGAGGAAGCCAAGCCAUCGAGAGAUCCGACUGUAGCAAAAAAGAAAAAGCCUGCUUAAACUUUUCCAAUUUUGCAACUCCCGGCUCUUUUUUUUGACGAUCGAUUGGCUGAAUUUUUCCGCUGUUAAAUUUCAAUUCGACUGCCUUUGAAUCGUAUCCCCCAUCUGUAGAAGAAGAAGAGUCUUUGCUUCGAGAUUUGUUCGUUAAGGUUCUAUGAAUUUUGCCGACUUCUUGAGUAGAAGCAAUCUCUUCAAAUGAAAGAGGGGGAAAAGGGUUAUUGAUAGCUUCGUGAACUUUGAGGAAGAUAAAUUUAGUAAAGCCGUGUUUCCUUUUUCAGACACAGCUCGAUUUUGUCAAGGGAAAAACGGCUCCAUUUCACGUCUCAGACCUUAGAAUCUACUUAUAAUUAGCUUAUAUUUCAUUGGAGGAACUUGGUACUCAUUAGUAAAGAAAAUUGAACUCACACAUGUCUGUGGCAUUUCCCCAACUCUCGUGGUGGCUAUGGAGUGGGAAGCAUAAAGAACCGCGAAGCUCUAAUGGUGGGUCUGCUUUAAAUGCUUCACUAGAUACAGCCAACCGGGAAACAGAUACUCUAAAAUUUCCUUUAGUUAAUGGGGCCAACAUAUCAUCCUCGUCUAGAAGAGUGAAGCGGAAAUGGCAUAGUCGUGAAGAGAGAAAAAUUGAUAGGGAGUAUGACAUUGUUCUUGUUCCAUCUGAUGGAGGAUGUGUUUCAGGGUCCGAGUCUGAUGACUCAGAUUGGUCAAUUGGAUGGUCAGAGCCCCAUGGACCUGGAUUCCAGAGCGAUGAUGAGUCAGAUAACAGUUUUGCUGUGCUGGUUCCAUGUUAUGGACGCAUUUACAAUGAUUUUGUGGAUGAGACUAAGAAUAGUAUACUAAGUGCUGUUGGGAACAUCAACGAUAGCUUUUCUGCUGAGAGCAAGAAAUAUAUGGAACAGUGGCUGUCCUCUCUCCAGAACUGCUAAUGCUCUGUUUCAAAGAAGAAAACAUUUUGUGAUAUUUAGCCAUUUAAAAAAUUGAAAAAAAAAUUAAAAAAAGAAAAAAGGAAAAAGAUUAUAAGAAUACUACCUAUUCUGGCUUCGUUUGAUAGUACUGCUGAGAAGCAAAUUGGAUGCAACCAGUGGGUGGAGGUUCUCAUCUUUUCAAUUCUUUUUGAACAUGCUCUUAAGAAGAGAGACACUUAGAAAAUAUGACCUCACCUGGGAUGAAGCUUUGUUAAAAUGGGAAUGUAAAUACUUUGAGACUCCGAUAUAAAUAUGGAAAGGAGAACAGAACAGGAGGAAAAAGUUUGAGCCAACCAGUUGGGGUUUGAAGAAAAAGAAUAUUAAAGAAGAGUUGGAAGUGGAAGUGUUUUGUUAUCCUUUGAAGUUAAGUUUUAAGUAUAAAGUGGGAAGUGUUUAAUUCAUAUGAAAGUUGGUGUAAAUAGUGACUCAUUUAUGUAUGCAUUAUGUAAAUAGGAUAUGAAUGAGUUUGGUCCAUCCAAAUGUUGCUGUAAAUGGUGGACCCAUUUGUAAAAUUUGUUGUACAUGGUGACACAGUUGUGCAGGCAUGUCAAAUUGUAAAUAUCUCUAUCCCCAUUCAAAUGUAAUAUUCUUUAGAUAUAUAUGUAUAUUGUAUAUAUAGAAUUAAAGCCUAUGUACUGAUUUCGUUUU